AUGACAGACCCGAACCUGAUCACCGCCCGCGAAUCCCCAGGCGGACCGCCCCCGGGAGUGAGCAUGCCCUUCAGGCUUCGAUGGUCAAAGACACACCCUCCCGAGGACCCCGCCGUAAGCUUUGCGGGCAAGACGGUGCUCGUGACAGGGGCCAACACGGGACUGGGGUUCGAAGCGGCGGUCAAGUACGCUGCCCUCGGCGCGGACAAGGUUAUCCUCGGCGUGCGUUCCGCCAGCAAGGGCGAGGAGGCCAAGAAGCGCAUAACGGACCUCACAGGCUGCAGCCCUGAUGCCAUCACCAUCCUGCAGGUCGACCUGGCCGACUUUGGGUCCGUCACGGCUUUUGUUCGCGACCUGGAAAAGGCCACGCCCAGGCUGGACGUGGCCCUGCUCAACGCCGGCCUGGGCAACCCGACGUACGAGAAGUCGUCGGCGGGAUGGGAGCUGGCCGUGCAGGUCAACGUCCUCUCCACGGCUCUCAUGGCCGUCUUGCUGCUGCCCCUUCUGCGAUCCACCGCGGCGGCUACCGCGGGGGGAUCGGCGCCGCAUCUGACCUUUGUCAACAGCCACGGGCACAGCAUGGUCCCCAAGGAUUCCCCCCUCGUCGACGGUAGCCUGUUCAAGACGGCCAACGACGAAGAGACCUGGGAGACGAAUAAGAGCUACUCGCUCGUAAAGCUGUUGGGCAUGGCCGUCAUGCAGGCUAUCGCGCGCAUGACCAUCGGCGAGAAACAACAACAGCCGCAGAUCAUUGUGAACGCCGUCUGUCCCGACCUCUGCAAGACCGAUCUGGGUCGCAAGUGGGCAGGCUUCAUGUCCAACGUCGGCAAGGCCAUCUUUUACGCUCUGUUUGCCCGCACUGCCGAGCAGGGCGCGCGGUCCUUGGUCAGCGCAACGGCUCUGGGGCCAGAGAGCCACGGCCGCUUCUGGCACCACGAUAUCCUAUAUCCAUUCGGUGAGCUCGCCCAAGACGAGGCUCUGAUGCACAAGACAUGGAACGAGAUUGUAGAAGCAAUUGCCCAAGACCAGCCUGACAUACUGAGGAUGCUGGAUAACCCGAAAUGAUGUAGAUGGAAAUUUAUAAAUCGGAGAGAGGAGCUGGUUUCUUGGUCUAUCGGCAUUCUAUCUACUUGGCAGGUAAACACGUUCACACAGCGAGAGAUCUAUAGUCAUAAACUAGGCGUGCCUGGACCUUUUCAUCCCCCUUGGUGGUGGUGCAGUAUUUGCAGAAGCGUCUCUCUCCAUUCACCUUCUCGAACCCCCACAGCGCCGUCGUUUUCCACCCGGUGUUGACUCCCUCCGUGAACUCCUUGAUUCCCACCCGCUCGUCCGUGGGACUGGGCUGCUCGAUCUCGUGGCCCAUCAAGUCCUCCCCGCUGACCUCAGCCUUGGGGACGUACUUAGCCCGCAUCGACAUGGCGCCAAAGAUCGGCACCUUGUCGUGCCUGGUUUCCCCGUCGAGGAUGUAGC